CAUUAUCUUUAGCAAACCAAGCACAAUCAAAAGUUCUUGUCAAAGGACCACCUUUCUCAGAACAUCUAUCUACAAUAUAAUUUUUAUUAGCAAAUACAGUGAGACUAGCAUGAGAGUUACCACUCUCAGGGGCCAAAUAGCACGAAUAAAGAGUUGUCCAGAAGAAAUUUACAUGAAACGUCCAAGAAAAUUCAGAACCUGCAGAGAUGAUUUGGAUGCCAAGAUCAUCGUCUUUAGACUUGCAAUGUACAAUUUUUUGCAAUAUCAAUAUCAGAAGAAGGCUCGGUUCUCUGAAUUUUGUUUCCUGCAAGUGAGCAGAUUCCAGGCCAUGGAGACUGACAUUAGUAAUAACCAAGUAUUUGGUGAAGAGAAGAAGAUGAGUAAAUCCCUGAAGAAACUUCUGCUCAUAGUGAAUGGUGCAAUGUUGGCUAUUGGCAAUUGUGGAGGCCCACUAAUACAGCGUCUCUACUUCUUGAAAGGCGGUAAGGCAGUCUGGAUAUCAAGCUUUCUUCAAACUGCUGGUUGGCCAUUGGUCUUAUUUCCCCUCAUUGUUUCAUACAUGUAUCGUCGAAGCAACAAGGGGUCAAGGACGAAGCUUAUCUAUAUAAGCCCUCGCCUCUUUCUAGCUUGUGCUGUUAUAGGUCUUCUUACUGGCUUGGAUGAUUUUCUUACUGCAUAUGGCGUCUCUCUACUUCCUGUCUCUACUUCCGCCCUUAUAAUCGCCACCCAGUUAGGCUUUACUGCCGGAUUUGCUUAUAUUUUGGUCAAGCAAAAGUUCACACCUUUUACUAUUAAUGCAAUUUUUUUGCUGUCAAUUGGAGCUGUUGUUUUACUUAUUCAUGCUAGUUCGGACCGCCCUGAUCAUGAAACCACUGAAAAAUACUUGUUGGGAUUUUUUAUGACGCUUGGAGCUUCAGCUCUAUACGGGUUUGUGCUACCGUUGAUCGAGCUGACGUAUAAGAAAGCAAAGCAGACGAUCACUUAUACUCUAGUUAUGGAGAUGCAGGUUGUUAUAUCUUUCUUUGCUACAGCAUUCUGCGCUAUUGGUAUGCUUCUGCAUAAGGAUUUUGAGGCAAUUCCAAGAGAGGCAAGUGAGUUUGAGCUUGGGAGACUAAAAUAUUAUGUGGUGAAUGUGUUUACUGCAGUGUUUUGGCAAUUAUUCUUCAUGGGAGCAGUUGGUGUCGUUUUCUGCGAUUCCUCAUUGCUUUCUGGUAUUAUUAUUGCUACUCUGCUUCCUGUGACAGAAAGUUUAGGUGUGAUGUUCUAUCACGAGAAAUUCCAUUUUGAAAAGGCGAUUUCUCUUGUUUUGUCUCUCUGGGGAUUCGUUUCUUACUUUUAUGGUGAACUCCAACAAAACAAGAAAAAGAGUCGGACUUCAGAAUUGGAAAUGCCUUAAAUAUGUAUUGGAAACAAGGAACAAGUGAUUGUAUAUAUUUGUUAACAGUGCAAGACUGAGAAAAUUAUUGUUAUUGCUGUGAGUUACUUUGAAGGUCUGCUAGUUC